AAAGAGACAAAGCCAAAGAUGGAGUUAGGAGAUGAUGAUGGCAAAACGAUUCAAACUACUUAGAAUCCCUUCCUUCCACUGUUGUCGUUCCAACGACAUCUCCGUCGUCCCCACUGACCCACCAUCGUCGUUGCCGCCGCCAAAACCUCACCGCUCCUCCUUGAGGCGCCACGUGUCUUCGGCCUUCAAAACCGCCACCUGCGGCUGUAGAUCAUCCUCCACCAACUCUGACGACGACCAAAUUUCUAAAUCAUCUCCAACUUUCCCAACACACGUGCCGCCCACGCCCCUCCUUGAUCCAUACGACGACGUUUUUGCUUUGCCGAAGCGACGGCGACGGCGUAGGAAAAAGAAAUUCAAAUCCACCACACUCGCACAACUCCGAAUUAGCACUUCGUCGGCGGAGAGUGGUUUAUUCAGUAGCGAAUCGUUCGAUGAAAACGACCAAUUAGAAGAAACUGAAACUCUAAUUUCUUCAUCCAAAACAAUGUCCUCUACCGAUGAUGACAAUGAUUCUUCCUCCCAAUUCAAUCCUCAAUUGGAAACCAUACGGGAGAAGCCGUACAAAACCAAGAACAAAAACAAUUUGAGAACAAACAAGGAGAAAGAGAAACGACAUCGUAGUAGUAAUCGACGACAGAAACAAAACAGGACGAUCAUCAAGACAUCACCAUCACCGGAAAUUGAGUCACCGGCAAGACUUUCGGUGUUCCAGAGGCUAAUACCGUGCACGGUGGAGGGGAAGAUUAGAGAGAGCUUCGCAGUAGUAAAGAAAUCUGCUGACCCGUUUGAGGAUUUCAAGAGAUCGAUGAUGGAGAUGAUAAUGGAGAAAGAGAUGUUCGACGAGAAGGAUUUGGAGCAACUUCUUCAUUGUUUGUUGUCGUUGAAUGACAGGGAACACCAUGGGAUUAUCGUUGAAGCUUUCUCUGAGAUUUGGCAGUCUUUGUUCUGUAAUUGAUUGUUAAGUCGUACAAGCUUCUUAUCAUUCUCUGUUUUCUUCAGUAUAAAAACAGAAUUAAUCCUUCUUCUUCUCACCGUCUCUCCUCCUAAAGUAAUCAUAAUAUUUUCAACCGGUAUAACUUCAAAUUGCUA